AUGCGUGACGCGAACAUCUACAACUUUCGACGGGCAUUGCCUCGCAUGAGCUGGCACCCGCACAAUCUCUACAACCUCUGGCGUCGCUCGUUGGGAGCGCUGAAGGAGGAUCUUGAACCCCGUGCGCGUAUGCACAUGUCCCUGUACCAGCAGCGGUGGGCGAGCAAGGCAGUCUUGCGUGCGUACCAUGGGGACUAUAUCAACGAGAAGAUUUUCAAGCGUUGGUACCUUCCCGCUACACUUCCGGACGUGCGCCCCCACGUUGGCCCUACGCCAACCGCAUCGGACACGGUCGGGCUUGCAAGGUGGGCAAAGCGUGAUCAGGCUGCAGAGAAGGAGCGGCGAAGGCUGGAGAAUGAGAAGGAGAAGGGGCUCGCGCCCGUGGGUAGCUUGAUGUUUCGCGAGGUCGAGCGCCGCAUCGACGUGGUUAUCUUCCGCGCCUGCCUCGCGCACAGCGUCUACGAGGCUCGGCGACUCGUCAUACACGGGGAUGUCCUGCUCAACGGGAAGAAGCACGAUGAUCCCAACACACGCCUGGCGCCAGGAGAUAUGGUAUCCGUGGACCCCAAGGCGAUACGCUUUCUGCAGGCUAGUGCAGCUCCCGUGGUCGAGGAAGAUGAGGCUGCAACAAAAGACCAAGACACGCCUCCCGCUGCAGAAACUUCCUCGGAGGCCGACGUAGUUGUAGAAGAGGGAGUCGACGGCGAAAGCGAGGCGUCGGCAAAAAGUGCGGCGUCGGCGGAGACACACUCAGAGCCUUCCGCGACCCCAUCGUCUAACGCCGCGCGCUGGACGAAAGUCAAACGAGCAAGGCGGGGCAACCUGACUCCGUUCCACCCGCCACCCUAUUCAGCACCCUUCCUCUUCGUCCCUGCCUACAUUGAGCCAUCCUUCGCGACGUGCUCCGCGAUCUAUCUUCGUCACCCAACUGCGCGCCCGGGCUACUCCGAGAUCCCGACGCCGUUCGAUGCUGACGGCGAAAUCGUGCGCUCCGCCUGGGAGUGGUAUUCCGAGGUCAGGCCCAGGAUGCGCAGCAAGAGCCAGCUCGCGCGCAUGCCGGAGAACAGGCAGUAA